GUGUAUUCAUGAGGUUACGCAAAUGUGGAGGCAGCAAAAUUACCGUAAUCAAUUGAAACAGCGAGUGCGCAUCCAUGGCUCUGAUUAUUUGGAGAUCAUCUAUCAGCCUGAUGUCUAUGUAACGAGGAAAGGGGGGCAUUGAAUUACUAUUGAGAUUCACUGAGAAGUCCAUGAUCAUUGGGCAAGGGAGUUUGGUCAGUGAUAAUAGGGCUCCUUGGUCUGGCGACGGAAGUAUUUCUCCAAACAUUAGAUAGCUGACUCUGCACUGCUGAAAGGUGCUGUUUUGAAACUAAAACCCCCAGUGUCCAGCCAAGCCGGUGAGCCACAGUCUCCAUAAUCUCCUUUUUUUGCCCCACCUGACAAAGGAAAAACAGAGGCGGAAAAGCCGCAGGUCUGAGAGGAUAAACUGAGCAUGGAGGUCAGGUACAACCAAGAGACUGAAGGGAUGGUGCUGAAGAAUGGACUAAAGGAGGGGAAAGAUGGCAAGGACUCGCAGGGCACCUUGUCCAAAAGCUUCCUCAAGGACCAGCAGGACUCCUUUCCCCCCUCCGGGACCGUGGACACUUGUGAGAAGAACAGGGAGAGCACAAGGGACCCGGACUACUGCCGGAGAAUACUUGUCCGAGAUGCUAAAGGCUCCAUCAGAGAAAUUAUUCUGCCGAAGGGUUUGGAUUUGGACCGGCCCAAGCGCACCCGCACCUCUUUCACCGCAGAGCAGCUAUACCGUUUAGAGAUGGAGUUUCAGAGGUGCCAAUAUGUGGUUGGAAGGGAACGAACGGAACUGGCCCGUCAGCUCAAUCUCUCUGAAACGCAGGUGAAGGUCUGGUUCCAGAACCGGCGCACUAAGCAGAAGAAGGAUCAGGGGAAGGAUUCUGAGCUGCGUUCAGUAGUUUCAGAAACGGCAGCCACCUGCAGUGUCCUCAGACUGCUGGAGCAGGGGCGGCUGUUGACGCCUCCCGGCCUGCCAGGCCUUCUGCCCCACUGCGGCAGUGGCACUCUGGGCUCUGCCCUGCGCCCUUCCUCUAUGGCCAUGGCCAGCAACGGCAGCAGUAGCAGCAGCAGCAGCGGAGGAAGCACCGGCACAGCCAGCGGCAGCCCUCCGCUACCUGCCGUCACCAGCUCAGGAACAGUGGCAGGCUUGCAGAGCUCACCGGCAACUCACAGCCUUUUCAGCUUCCCUAUGCCCUCAUUACUCAGUGGUGUUGCCACCCGCAUUUCCUCCAACCCCCUCUCCAUGGCGGGCUCCCUGGCUGGAAACCUGCAGGAACUUUCUGCACGCUACCUGAGCUCCUCUGCCUUUGAGCCUUACUCGCGGACCAAUGGCAAAGAAUCCAUGGACAAAAAAAUCCUGGAAUAAUGCUUUGUUUUUACAUAGAUGGAGUCCUGUUUCCUCGGGACACAUAUUGGCUGUUUUCCUUGGCUGUUAUUGUCUUUUUUUUUUUUUUGGUUUUGCUCUGUCUCUUUCAUCUGUCUGUGUCAUGUUCUGUAGCAGUUCAUGGAUUCCAGUUGCGCAUCUGGCGCCUUGUAUGAGGACGAAAACAAAGACCUACAUAAGCUCAUCUAACAAAGACAGGGUAGCAGUGGAGAGAUUUUGCACAAGAAGUUCAUUCAGGACUUUAUAAGAGAGAAUUAGAAAGAUAUACACUGAGAGUACUGACAGAUGCUUCAGGCUUUCUGUUAAUAAACAAAUAUUUAGUCCAAUCUAUUAAUCCAAAACAACUAUAUACAAAGGCGCCUCGAGAAUACAGCUGCUACACACCACAAACACUCUGCUACUUCAGAAGAAGUGGUGCAUAUAGCAUAAAACAGGAAGCCUAGGAUUGGUGACAAGAAUUAUAAAGUGAUAGUACUUUUCUGAGCUGUAUUUUAUACUUUGUUUGUGAUGGGUAGAUGCAUGUCACAGACGUGAGUAGAUCUAGAAAAAGGAGUUGAGACGUCAAACACCUGAGCAGCAGUUUGCGAGAUCCAAACAGAAAAUCAGCGCUUUUAAAAUUUAAAGUGCAGCGUUACCAAGGCCAAUUUCUCAAAACAGACUUGGGGGAGGGGGAAGUGCUUGUGUUUGAAGGUCACUGCAAGGCCAGAGUCAGCGUGAAACCCAGUGCAUCGGAUGUGUGAUUGCAAUUUGCAUAUGCAGAUGUUUGAUAAACACAAAAAAUUUUCCUUUGUAAAUCUGUUUGUAUGAUGUUUGGACCAAACCAAAACAGAACAGAGAGGUGUUGUCAUACAGUAUGAGAGCUGAAAUGUUCAGUGUUUUUUUUGUUUGUUUGUUUUUUUAAAAUAUAUAUACAUUUUGGUGAAGACUUUAACAUUUACAACAAAAGUCUUCACGUUGUGGCAUUUUUGUCUUGAAGAUGCAGUACCUGACAUUUUAUUUAAUUUUUUUGUUUGUAAUACCACUGCGAGUUCUCUGAGUUCUGGUGUAUAGUUUCUAUUCUGUGCAGGAGCUAAGCACAGGCGUGAGUUGCUGAAAGGGAGAAAAGGCUUUUCAGCAUAAGUAAGACGUUUGUUUUGUUGAAUGCUGCAAGGUAACAGCUUUUUCAAUCGUUAAGACAACCUUUCCUGUGCGAAAUUUCCAAAAUCCACAGCCUUCAGAAAAGAUUAAGGCAGAUGAUGCUUGUGGAGCCUGAAUGAAAUUAUUGUAGU